AUGCUUAGAUCUUUUCAUACGACAGCAGCCAACGCUGCCAAAACGGUUAAAAAUGUCAAGCCUGGAAGUAAAUACGGCAAAAGAUUCAACGUGGAAACCAAGCCUGGCGAAAAAGUCUGGGACAAACUCAACAUCUCCAAACAUGAGUUUUUCAUUAGAAAGUAUGCAAACAUUACUCCAGAGGAAAGGAAAAAACUUGACGACAAGGUAGCUAGACAGAAACGGCUACGUGAAGCUCGUAAGAGACAUGAGUUGGGUGAUGACUACGACAAACCCCGCAACAGCCCCAAGAUGGCAUUGAACCCACUCAGUGAGUACUUAUAUGGUACUCAUCCUGUGAUUUCGGCUCUUACAGCCAGUAAAAGAAGCGCAUUCAACAGACUUUACAUUCACAAUCCGAAGGAACAUACUGCCAAAAUCCUUCAGCUCGCAAAGAAGUAUGGAGUGAAAGUGGUUGAGAAAGACACUAAAGGUGAAAUGAACAUGCUAAGCUCAAAUGGUGUCCACAACGGUGUGGUAUUGGAGACCCGUCCACUUCAAUUGCCGCUAGUGGAGUCACUUGGUGAGCAGUUUGAUAAAGACACGGGAGAAUAUACGGUAACGUUAGUUGACGAGAGAACCAACGAAACUUAUGAAGAAACGCACACGGUCACGAGGACAGCUGGACACAAUCACGGCAAGUAUCCGUUUGGAAUUUUCCUUGACGGUGUUACCGAUCCUCAGAAUCUCGGAAACAUCAUCAGAUCAGCAUACUACCUUGGUGCAGAUUUCAUGGUUGUGCCGGAGUCAGAUUCAGCCCGAUUAGGACCAGUGGCUGCCAAGGCUGCGGCAGGAGCACUUGACGUCUUGCCCAUUUAUAAGCUGGAUGGUCCAAUGUCACUUGUAGAUAAUGUGAAGAAGAAUGGCUGGAAUGUUGUGUCUACGAGUUCCAAGUUGGGCGAAGAUGAUCUUAAUGCCACCAAGGAAAAGCACCGGGAGCAUCUUGAGCAGAAGUACAUUGACUAUGCGGACUUGCCGGGACUCAUGAGUCAGGCUCCAAUGCUUAUGAUUUUUGGUAGCGAGGGAGCAGGUGUGAGGACCAAUCUUAAGUUUAAGUCUGACUACUUGGUUGGACUCAACAAGGGCAAUGCUGAUUCGGAGGGUUUGGUUGAUUCGCUUAAUGUUGGAACGGCAGCUGCAUUGUUAAUCAGCAAAUGCUUUGAAUAA